UCUUCGUGCAGGGCUCGGCCCACCAAGCAAAGGAACCAGACCAAGCACGCUCAAACCGUUUGCACUGCCACUUUUGUGCCAUGCUCGACCCGAGUCGGGCCCGGUUCAUUUUUGGCAGUGUAAACGGGAUAUAAUUAUCGUUAAACCGCCGGGGGCUAUGACGUGUGUCGCAGUGACGUCAUAGCCGACGGCGGUUUUACAAUAUCGUUGCGCUAAGAGAGCUUAUAAAAUAUAGGGCCAGAGCUACACUACUGGUACAUCCAAUCCGUGUUAUGUAGCUACUGGAAAAUGCAUAUAAAAGAUCCUUGCUGCUUUAUCGGCAGGAGUAGCAUAUAUGGCGGAGCGGGUUUCCUCGCUUUCUCUAUCGACCAAACGUCAAAAUAACUAUGUUUUGUUGAGCCAACGUUUUCCACAGAUGAAUACAGUGACAACCGCAUUUUUUUUUCUGUACUCGUUUAUGGUAUUUUCGCGCUGUUUAUUGACAACCACCAGUAGGCCAGUUUUAAGUAUUUACCUCGUAUUUCCUAGUUCUGAUAGAAACAGCUGAUAAAUUGCCUAUAAAGAUUGGAACGUGUAAGCCGUUACGAACACAAAGAGGAAUGAUUUGUCACAAGAUUGAUAGUUGCCAUGCAAGCAGUUGAUAACACCUGACACGCAACAUGGGGGUCACAGUAUCCAAACGUAACCAAAGCGCGUCUCUGACACGUAAUCCUAGUAUGGCGUUGUCAUCUAAAUCUAAUGAAAAUGCGCCGACAGAUGAAAAACGACAUCAGCUUCCUCCUCCCCCUCCCCCUGCUCCACCGAAGAAGAAAAAACACGAGAUCUUCAACGAAAAAGAUUACAAGGAAGUAGCCAUCCAUGUUGCCAAGGUACCCAGAGACCUUCAACGAGGAACCUUCCGGGACCUGGUCAACUAUUUGACGUCCAAUCCAAAAUGGAACGAUCUUGCAAAGCUCAGAGCCAUUUUCUUAUGGAUCACUUCCAUAGACAUCUACAACCUCGCCAUCGACACUGAGCCACCGAAGCAUUCUCCUAUGGAAUACUUUAUGAAGAUCCAAAAAAAUCACGGAAACCAUGCACAUCUGUUUUCCGGUCUCUGCCAGAUGGCUAACAUCCACUGCAUGAUCGUAAGUGGAAUGAAUAAAAGCGCCGCGUAUGAGAUUGGAAAGAAGGUCAACCGGAAGACCAUGGGCGCCCAGUGGAACGCGGCGUACGUCCAGCACAGCUGGCGUUUCAUCGACUCGUUCUGGGCGUCUGCGUGUGUGGUGGGGCGGCGCUCGGGAGAGUGGGCGCUCAUCGACUCGGACUGGAACGCCCAUGAUGAGGAAGAGGUGCACGAAGGGAAGACGGAGCACAGGGUGAACGAGUUCUACUUCAUGCCGGACCCCGACCAGCUGAUACUCACCCACUUCCCGGACGAGAAGCCGUGGCAGCUGCUGCAGAAACCCAUGACCCUCGCCGAGUUCGAGGAUCACUUCUACGUCCGGGAGCGGUUCCACAUACUGGGGAUGAGAGUCGCACCCACCAGUCACAGGAGUGCCACCAUAAAGACCUCUGGCGGAGAGGUUUACAUCUAUUUCUCUCUGACCAGCAAGGACAGCGAGAAUUAUAGGUUCAAGUACAUGUUGUACAAAUCCAAAAUGAACGAAGACCCCGGCAGCAAGGCGGACAUGUUUCUGGAGCGAUUUGUUUUCUUUGAACAUACCUCCAAAAUGGUCAAGUUCUCGAUGAGGUUUCCAAUGGCAGGUACGUUCAAGAUGGACAUAUAUGGAUUGGAUGUUAGAGAGUCCGAUAUAUUCGAUCUGGCGUGCACGUACCUGAUAGACUGUCCAGAACCCAAGACGGGCUGUCUGCCUUUCCCUGACUGUCCGGCACUAGGGUGGGGUCCUGGUCCAGCUGCAGCCAAAGCCGGUCUCACUCCAAUAUCUCACGAAGGCUCGACGAUUGUCACAAACGACGGCAAGGUAGAUAUACAGUUUGCCAUAAAGUCUGGCAUGAAGAUUGAACUGCACCAGGGACUGAAGCACGCCGCACUAGACGAGGCAACACUCAGCAAAUACGUCCUUAUCCUGCAAGAAAAGGGCAAAACUACUAUCAAACUGCGACUUCCACACCGUGGCGAGUACGCACUGAAACUCUUUGCCCAGAAUCCAGAUAACACGGGCGAAGCGCCCAACGUGUGUAACUACCUUAUCAAGUGCGACGGUGUCGACCCGAAAGGUGAAUCGUUUCCACAUGUUGCUGGGGGCGUUCUCGGAAAGCAUCACCUUGCGGACAAGUUAGGCGUCAAAGCUGUCAGUCAUCCUGACGGUGUCGUUGAAGCUAAAGAGGGAAAGCUGUCUGUGAAAUUCACCGCCAAGGACGACCUUGAUUUGGUUUGUGAAUUAAACAGUAAUAACGCGUCAGCUACAAAGACGAUGGCAGUCGCUAAGAAGCAACAACAAGGCGAAUGGACUUUUGACGCAGAUCUACCCAAAGCAGGUGAAUAUUCUCUAAACGUUUUCGCGAAAGGAAAAGGAAAGGAACAGAGAUCGCGUAUCCACAGCGUGCAUGCCUACCAAGUGACCUCCACUGGCCGUCCAGGUUUCAGUGAUGGCGAAUCUGACGCAAACGGGAACGAUCAAACAGUAACGGCUAUUCCAACAGAAACCGUGGAGACUUCUGAGAGCGAGGCCGUGAUUCCGAUUCCCCCGGAAUGCAAGAACCCGAAGGUGGAGAUGUACAAACGGAACGCCAACGACAGUCCUACAUCGGACCAGAUUGACCUCGCCAGCCAGGACGACUCGCAGUUGGUGACGGUGAAGAUGAAAGACUACGGCGACUACAUGCUCAACAUUUACGACACGGAUGACGCUGGCAACGUGAAGGUCAUGUCUCGGUACCAAGUGAACCGGAAGCGUCCCGGCGAGCUGUACACGAACAACCUGCAGACGAUCAUGGAUACGCUGCAGGAAGAGGGUAUGAAGCCGUCCAGCGAGGCGCUCGAUAGCGACGACAACAAGGCUAAGGCGACAGAAGAGGAGAAGCUCCGGUACGCCCAGCGGCAGAUCGAGCGCGCGAUCGACCUGAAGGACGAGGCGCAGCUGAAGAAGGCGAUCUCGCAGUACGUGGAGACGAACCCGCCCGAGGACGAUCCGCUGCUCGUCAAGGCCCGGGAUCAGCUCGAGAUGCUCAAGGCCAAAUACGCCAUGCAGGACGCCUCUCAGAAACGUGACCUCAAUGCUCUGGAAUCGGCCAUCAAGAAGGCCAAGGCUGUGAAUAAGAACCGCGAACUUGACCUGCAGAUCGCCAUGACAAGCAAACUGAGAGAUCACCUGGCUAGAAUCGAGAAGCUCAGACAUGCUGUCCUCAGCAUGGAGCAGACGACCAUCUCGGAACUGAAGAGUUACUCAAAGCCGCCAGAGGGCGUGGCCCAAGUGAUGGCGGCCACACUGAUCCUCUUGGGAAGUAAACCAUCAGAAGUCAAGAAAUGGAAGAACGUGCUGAUUCUGAUGGGCAAGACUGGGAAGGAGUCGCUCAUGAGGAAAGUUUCUCUGUUUAACGCGCAGAACGUGACCCUGUCGUCUGCCAAGGCUUCCAAGAAGUUUAUUGGCACCAUCACUAAGGACCAGAUUCGCAGUGUCAGCGCUGGGGCAGCGACCUUUUAUCUGUGGGCCACCAGUAUGAUAGAGGAAGUGGAAUCAUUCGGAGGAGCGGAAGCAUCCGAUACCAGACGUCUAAAGCGAUAGUGGCGAGAACCGGAUGCAUCCGAUUCAAGACUUUUGAAGUGAUUGUGGCAAGAACCACGCAAUUGUCAGACUGGCCGGACUUUAACAGAGAUACAUGUUCAGGAGGGCGAGCGAUCGCUAGCUAGACUGGGGUUUUUUCUUUCUCGCCUAACGUUAGAUGAUAUAGAUGACGAUUGUCACCAGUUAAAUAGUUCGCGAGCGCUCGGCCUCCUGAACAAAUCCCUGAUUCCUUUGCCUUGACUACAAAUGGUCUAAGCUAGUGUGAUAUUACUAAAUGUAAAUGGUCAGAUGAACACACAUUACUUCUGGUGAUAUGUGAUGUAUAAUAUUUCUAGAUUUAAGCAUUCCCUCAUAUGUACAUGAUUUAAUGUCUUUUAAGCGAUAUUUGUAGUCUAGAUAGCGUCAUUAUUGUUGGCUGCUUAUUUUUAUUUGUAUUAGGCCUAAUGAUUAUGUGUGUCGUUACAAAGGUUCAGAAAUUAACCAACUCUGACACAAUCCUCACUACCACGCCACAAAAACAACAAAAAUCAAACACACAGAACAAACAAACAAGCACAAACCAUCACUGUAAAAUGUAUAUUUGUUAAAAACGUGGGUUUUUUCAUAUUAGAAUCUGGUAGUACGUGAAUGAAUGAAACAUGUGAAUGAAUGAAGCACGUGAAUGAACGUCGUACUGAGGUCAUAUUCGUAACGGGUUAAUGACGUAGGACAUCUCUGUUUCAUCUCCUUUUUCAUAUUACCUCUCAGACGAUUGUCUCAUGUUAUAACCUCGCCGUACCGGUGUCUAAUGGGGUGGGUUGAGGUGGGAGGGUUAAUGAGGACAACUGAUCAAUAAAUCAAUCCCAAAGUGCACUACGAAAUACCAUUUAGAAGACUAUAAUACUGUGUCACAGUACGGACGUGUCAAGGUCAUAGUUUUACUCAAAUACCAAGUCACAAAUAUGAAUAAUUCGACUUCUCUUUUCAUCCCGGGCUCCCGCGAGACUCUCCCCGCGACAUACGUACCUGACUGAUAAUUACUCAUUAAUACAGUCUUAAUUUCUCAAUUAUAAAAACAAAUCUAGCCUAUUUUACUGUAUGUAAAUGACUUGAAUCUUUAUGACGAAUGAACACUUGAUAGAAGUAAGCAGAAUUUUCCACUAGUUCACCGGACAAACACAUCUAACAAUCGACUUGUCCGACGAUAUUUUCACUUGUCCAAAUAUAUAGUUUGUUGUAUCAAAGUACAAGGACGAUGUUUUUCAUUGCUCAAAAUGAAACUUCAUUGAACAUUUUCACUUGUCCACUGGACAACCACCAAGGUACAUUUUGUUUGUCCGAGCAGAUUUUCACUUGUCAGGACAAACGGACAAGUGCUUAUUUCGAACACUGUAUACCAAAUAUUGUCUUAUGUGCACAUGUUAUUGGGCGUAUGUCUCUGUAUAGAAAGGGAGAGUAUGCCCCUCAAUUUUAUUUUAUUUUAUUUAUAAUAAAACGUUUCUGUUUCUUGGUUUUGUCUCAUAAUGCUGUAAUUUGAAAACGAUAAUGUACAGACAAUCAAAUGUGUAUAUAAUUAUAUUUUUACAUAUUUAGUUGUUUUUGUCUUUAAAUAACUAGAUAAAUGUCUACAAAAGAUAACCGAUUUAUAAUUCUACUUGUUUAUUACAGUGUAUUUUUGUAAAAAAAAAAACCCAACAAAAAACCCCCACCCAUGUAACUUAAAACAUUUUAAGAUCUAACACUUUUUGCUAUUUAGAAUUUAAUAAUAAUAUGCAUGUAUUAUUAACAUUUUAUUUUGUAGAAGCACUGUAUCAUCGAACAUGGUUAGGCUACUGUUUUAUUGAAAUACUAUACACGUUUUACCAAACCAACCUUUACUUGCCUGACAUUAUAUGAUAACUAAUAUUAUUCAUAAUAAAGUUUUCAACUCAACACGAUAUUGAUAUAUGAAUACAAAAUAAAUAAAAUACUAUCACACUUGUCUACAAAGGCAACGUAAGAGAUCUUCGAAACGAUGCCUUUAUGAAAUUAUAACGUUUGGCAGAUGACUUUUAUAUACAGGUUAUAAUUAAUAUCAAUGCACACUGAAAUGGCACACGUGUCUUUUAUAAACAUAUUGUGUUUACACAAGUUGUCGUUUUGUAGCAGGUUUCAGUAUACUAAGUUACACAAAACUAUUAACUAUAAUCAUAAAAUGAAUUUUACAACGAACAAGUAAAAGGUUUAGUUCUGUCAUAAACUACUAUCUAUACCGUCCACGUAGAUCACAUGCUCUUAGUCUGAAUGUUGCAUACUAUAUAUGGUUGUUUUUGUAUAUUAUUGUUUCGAUAAUAUCGUAAUAAAUGCAAUUGCAUUACUG